AAUUCGCUCGUUCAUACCUAAUCAUUUAGUCAUUCAUUCGUUCCCAAUCAUUCAUUCAAUCAUGGAUUUGUCAAGCUCUGAAUUUGCGACGGAAUCAACAGGAGCCCUAUGUGUGAAACUUGCUCCAAACUCUGUUGGAUUAUCUGUGGAACCAGUGGAUUCAAAUAUAUCGGAAAAUGACGAAGAGGAUGGAGAAGAGUUUUCAGCAGAAUCGUCAGACUAUUAUAUUCCAGAAACGGAUGAAGAGGAGGAUAAUCUCGAGGGGAAAAUUGAAAAAUCGUCGGUAAAGCAACAUGAAGUGCUCUGCGAAAUCGCGGAAGAAAGCAAUGAUGAAAAUGUAGAAUUGACAGUAACACGAAAAAGAAAGCGUAAGAGCCAGCUUUGGAUGCAGAACAAAAGAAAGAGUGACAGGAGUCAAGGAAAGGCUUAUGUUACAAAGAGUGGUUAAGUAAUUAAGGAAUGUUACCGAAGCCCGCUGAUUGCAGCUGUCAUCACAAAUGCCCAGAACACUUCUCUGAAGAAGAUCGUAAGAAAAUCAAAGCAGACUAUUGGAGUUUGGGCGAUUACUGCAAGCAACGUCUAUUCAUUAGUAAUAACAUAAAAGUGGAAAAGUGCAAGAGGGCAUUAACGAGAGAAUCACGGCGGUCGAACACUCGAAAAUACUUUCUAAAUGACAAACAGGUCUGUAAAAAGUUCUUUUUAAAUACUUUACACGUGUCAGACUGCGCGAUAUCUGUAUUAACCAAAAAAAAGAAUCCAAGAGAAUUUGUUGACUUGAGGUGUAAACACGGAAUGCAAAGAAAAGUAGACGCGGAGAUAGCAACUCUUAUUAAAAAGCACAUAGAGUCAUUUUCAGCAAUAGAAAGCCACUAUACUCGAGCA